GAAUCCGCACUCAUCAAGUUCUCAAAUUCAAAGCAUUUGUACGUAGCCAACAUCCAGCAGUAGCAAUGGAUGAGAUAUUUAGGAAGACAGUCGACAAUCCUGCUGACAAGAAGAUAUUGAAGCUUUCCGGUGAUAAUUCGGAACAACUUCCAACUAAUGAGUUCUAUGCUAGUGAUAAUAAGAGUAACAAAACAUGGAAGUGUCGCCGCGAGCAACGGUCCAGUACUGAUCUAUACUAUCUCGAUGUUAAAGGAUGGGGUGAUUUUCGGAAAACACUAGGCAUUGAAUUUGGUAGCACGAUCGUCCUCAAAAAAGAUAAUUCUGGCCACCCGGAAGCUGAUCCUUUCAAACCGAAAGCUACGCCGUACAAAUUUGAAGUCUAAAAUAAUUGAGAAAGUGGUUGUUCAUAUUUUUAUACAUGCUUUUAAGCAUUCUAUAGUUAAGUGUCUUUUUAGAAUAAAAAAUGUUUUUUUUC